AAUCACAAAGAGACAUCCAGAUAUAUGGAUGUACUGUCAGCAAAAUCCGUAGACAUGCCUGCUGAUAAGUGACAUGUUCCUAGGGAUUCCUGUGGAAAGUAAUUGAGCCCUAGUUUUUUUCCAUUGGAAACCGUAAAAUUAAACAUGCUGUUGUCUUGCUUCGAGGUGAGAUAAGUAGUUAAACGUUAACGCCGCUUAAAUCUGUUGUUUGGUCUUCACACAUCGAAGUGACACCAACAUGGCAGACUUUGGAGAGAUCCUCAGGAACAUUGGAGAGUUUGGCUUGUUCCAGCAGCUUACUCUUACUGCACUCGCGUUUCCAAACUUCUGCCAGGGUUUUCUGAUGUCCAGCUUUCUUUUCAUCCAGUCCGACCCAGAGCGCCACUGCAACACGGACUGGAUCCUCAGAGCUGCUAACCUGACCACAGAGGAGCAGCUGAACCUCACCGUGCCCAGGGAGGAGGAUGGGAGCUUCAGCCGCUGUCGGAUGUUCGUCCCUGUGGACUGGGACAUCCAGGAUAUCAGGGAGUUCGGCCUCAAUGAGACAACAGGCUGCAGGGAUGGAUGGGUUUAUGGCAGCAUGCUGUAUGAAUCCACCAUAGUUACUGAUUUUGAUUUGGUGUGUGGCCGGUCCAACAUGGUGGGAGUGAUACAAACGGUGUUUUUGGCUGGAAUCCUCCUGGGUUCUCUCAUGUUUGGACCUUUUGCUGAAUCGUUCGGUCGUAAGCGAGCAACUCAAAUUCCAGCGGUGAUAUCGUUUGUGUUCACCUUAACAACAGCUCUGUGCCCCAGCAUUUACUUAUACUUAGCGUCCAUUUUCAUGAUGGGAAUUGGAGCUGGUGGAUAUCGAGUCAACUGUAUUAUACUGGCCACCGAAUGGAUCGGCGUGUCCAAAAGGUCGUGGGGGGCAUGUGUGACGCAGUUCUUCGGCUCGGUCGGACAGUGCGUCCUGGCUGGUACCGUCUAUGGCAUCAGAAAGUGGAGAGUGGCUCAACUGAUCUCUGCAGCGCCUCUUGCGGUGGUUGCUGUCUACAUAUGGUUCAUCCCAGAGUCAGCCAGGUGGCUGUUAAACAAGGGACGGACAGAGGAAGUGAAGCAGCUCAUUGCCAAAGCAGCCGCUGUUAACAAACAGCCGGUCCCUCACUCUCUGCUGGAAAAGGUUACCGUGAACACAACCCCAAACAAUGGUGGCAUGAAGAUCAUUUUCAGAUCCCCACUGCUCACCAGAUAUUUCCUUACUGUUGUCCUGGCUUGGUUUUCACUGAACCUCUGCAUCUACUGCCUGUACUUAGACAUGGGAAACCUUGGCUUUAGCAUCUUUUUGACCCAGUUCCUCUUUGGUGCUUUUGAAAUACCUGCUGUUCUAUUCUCCAUGUGGCUGUUGGAGAUUUUUGGGAGAAAAGCGUUAUUCAUAUUUACCCUGGUAAUAGGAGGACUUUCUUCUUUGCUCAUUGUUGCUGUUCCUCAAGGUAAACCUUUUGGUUGGAUUGAUAUUACACAAUACGUGCUUGGUCUAUUUGUCAUUCUUUCUUUUAUCCCCCUUCCUAGAACAUGCUCUAGCUGUUACGUCUUUGGCUGUGGCCGCUCGCUUCUUCCUGGUCUGGGCUGGUUCUGUAGCACUCAACUCCUGGAUGUAGACGCCUACAUCCAGGAGUUGAGUCCAACAUCAGUUCGACAAACUGCCACCGCUCUGGGCUCGAUAGCAGCAAGAGCAGGAGUGUUACUGGCGCCGCUGCUGAACAUGCUGGCUGUGUACCACUGGGUCAUCCCCAUCGUCUCAAGCAGCCUGACAAUCGUCGGCGGAGCCCUCGGCUUCCUGCUCCCAGAGACCAAGAAAACUGAGCUUCCUGAGACAGCUGAAGAGGCGGAGAAAAACAGAGUCGCAGCAUCAGGAUCCGAUUCACCUUCUGAGGAGAACACGUUAUGAACUUUUGCCUGUCUACCUGUUUCAAAAUCCAUUACUGGCAACAUUCAUGGUUACCAUUUACCUAACUGUAGCUACUUUGAGAGAGGAGAGGCCAACACUUAUUCUGCAAGAACAGAGAUUUGUUCUUUUACCUGAGGCUCCAAGAACAAGAACAAGAACUGAGUUCUUUGUGGCUCAAAUCCAGAACUCCCGGGAAGAACACAACCAUCCUGUUGCUUUACUUCUGAGCUAUACAGUGUCAGUUGUUUUGCAAUCAGAAGGUUGAAGGUUUGAUUCCAGCUUUUGCUUCCGGCCAAGUUACCUUCUGAGCUGUCUGUUGAUGUAUCCAGGGAAAGUGCUGCAUAAAUUGAGACCAUUUACCAUCUUUCUAUUACACAAAGUCAUCGCAAAUAGACCAACCACAUAUAGUGUAAUAUCAAUCCAACCUCGACUCCCAUCCUCGUUUCUUUUGCCGCAUGUCUUUCCUCUCGCUGCUCCCUUCAUGUUGGAUUACUGAAAUGUGGAGGCUACUAGUGCCGAAAAAAUUCUUUAAAAAAAUAAAUAAAUCCCCCAUCAGUCCUGCAUUUCCACGAAUGACCAUCGGGGGCGCAGUUUUUCAGCAAGAUAGCACCCGUUAAUGCAGUCCAUGGAAAUAUGGGCUGCCUUUAUCACGCAGAUUACAUUUUCUUCUUUGUUUUAUCUUUAUGUUUACCUGGAAUCAAAUAAAAAAUUCCUACCCCUGCCUCCUCUCCCCUCAAUCAAAAAAAAAGAGAUAAAUAUAUCCUAUUUACGUUAAACUUAGAAAAUGACUCAACCAUGUCAUAGUUCAUACAUUUGAACGUUUAUUACACAAGUCAUUGAUGAAUACAUUCAGAGAAAGGACUAUUCAUUUACAAGAUACAUUUUCAUAUAUCUUCUCUUAAAUCUUUCUUACGUUUGUGUCUAUUAACAAAAAAAUCUUCCUGCAAAUCAUGUGACGUUAUCCAUAAUAUAAUAUGUACAUAAAUUGUUCUUUAUUGAAAGAGUACUUAUCAAACAAAAAAUUUCUAAUCUGAUUGAAUUUGGUAAAAAUAUGUAAUUUAGUUGAUUUGUUCAUAAUGUGUAUCCACUGGCUUGCCAGGGUCGGAUCUGUAAACGGAAG